AUGUCCGGUCACAGCCGCAAGGAACACGAGCUUGAGAUCGAGCUCGAGGCUAGCACCGUUCUCGAACAAGGCCGACGCAUCAUGGCCCACGAACCGCACAAAUACCCAGAGCUCAUCGAAUCCUUUGUCGACAAUAUCCGACUCCUCUCCCGCAAGACUGGCGAGUUUGUCGGCGAGAGGCGGUAG